AAAAAAUCUGGCCAAGGUACCGAUGAAGAAAUUCCAAUUACAUGGAAAUAUUUCAAGCCAUUGAUGUUUUUGGAAAGAAACAAAUUACAGCAAUCUACUCAAUCGACAUCAUCAUUACUAUUGGAAUGUGGAAACACAAAUGAUUAGGUUUUUAGUGACAUUGGAUUUAGUGAUGAAAUGUCCUUUCUAUCACCAUCACUGCCUGCACAACAGCCAAAACGUAAGAGCAUCACCCCACCCUCACUCUUGCCAACAAAUCACAGACGCAAUGAAUUGAAAGAGAUGGCUGUAAAUGCACUACAGUCCAUGAAUUCUAGACAAUUAGAACCAAAGGAUUCAUCCACAGCUUUUGGCGAAUAUAUUGCAGCAGAAUUGAGGAGCCUUACACCGGAACAAGCGACAUAUGCUAGAUCAAAGUUGAGACGAGCCUUCAACGAUAUAAUGGAUGAAGCGGCUUUAAUGGUACCACAUCAACAGCACCAAGAAAACAGAGAUGUUUUGUUUACUCCAAUACAAACAAUCCAACCAAACCAAGGCAAUGAAUAAGUACUCCAGAAAAUUUCCAAGAAAAAAUUUAAUUUUAAAAUAAAAAACAACAAAAACUUUUUAAGAAAGCCAUAAUAAUUUUUGAGCUAUAUAUACAUAUGUAUGGUAAUUGAAGUGAACAAAUUUUGUAUGUACAUCCUACAUCGAUGCGAAAUAUAAAAAUCUAUUUUACCCUUUAAAAAUAUUUUUAAAAUA